CGCGGGUACCGGCCGGGUUGGGCCGGGCUGGGAGGAGCGGGGUCGGUGGGGCCAUGGCCGGGAUGGUGCUGAGCUCCGGGCUGAGGCUGCUGCGGGAGCGGCGGGGCCGGGCAUCACCUUGCUUGAUCAGAAGAAUGUUUUUUGGAUAUCCCCUAACCAAAGCAGGUUCUGGGCUGGUUCAGCACACUAAAGAUGUUUGCUUGAGGUUCUGCAGACCACGGAGUUCUGCAGCAGCUGCUGACACAUCUGGUGAUGAUGCCUUACUGAAAUGGGGCCUUCUCCUGGUCCCUCUGACCACCUUUGGUCUCGGCACAUGGCAGGUUCAGCGACGAAAGUGGAAAUUAGAUUUGAUUGCACAACUGGCAUCAAGAAUUACAGCAGAUCCUAUCCCUCUGACAUUAGACCCCAUGGAACUGAAGGAGUUGGAGUACAGGCCUGUGAAGGUCCGAGGGCGUUUCGACCACUCCAAGGAGCUCUACAUUCUGCCCCGGUCGCUGGUGGACCCGGAGCGGGAAGCCCGGGAAGCCGGGCGGCUGACAUCCCACCCGGAGAACGGAGCCAAUGUCGUCACCCCCUUCUACUGCACAGAGCUGGGGGUCACGAUUUUAGUCAACCGAGGAUUUGUGCCCAGAAAGAAACUGAAACCGGAGACCAGGCUGAAGGGACAGAUUGAAGAGGAAAUCGAUCUCACGGGGGUGGUGAGGUUAACAGAGACCCGGAAACCCUUUGUGCCUGAGAAUAACAUCGAACAAAACCGCUGGCACUACCGAGACCUGGAGGCCAUGGCCAAGGUGACCGGUGCUGAGCCCAUCUUCAUCGAUGCAGAUUUCAGAAGCACCGUCCCAGGGGGGCCCAUUGGUGGCCAGACCAGAGUGAGCCUGCGGAACGAGCACAUGCAGUACAUCAUCACCUGGUAUGGUUUAUGUGCUGCAACCUCGUUCUUGUGGUACAGGAAAUUUAUACAGAAGAUACCUCGGUGAGGGGAAUGUGUAACCUAUUUGUACUACAGUAGGAGCAGACUUUUAUGGAAGACAGGAGCCUGAUCAGUCCUGAACAGCUGAAACACGCAGGAUUUCAGGGCAGUGUUCCACAAACAUGUGCCUCUAGCAAGCUGCAAAUCAACUUUUAAGCAACCCCUGCAGACUCUGAGCUCCCACCAGCGUGACUUGGCUGCAGCUUGGAAGCACUGAACUUAAAACAGUAAUCAAGGACACAUUUUUGUGUUGUGGUUGAUUGUAAGCUACAUUUUAACAUCUGCAGUGCUGCGUUUUCCAAAGGACAAAUCCAAAGGAUUUUGUGAAUCAAAGUUUCUUUGCAUUGAAUAGCCAUUCCUGAGGUCAAGAGUGGCUCAAAGUCGUUGCAUCAGAGUAAAUAAAGGCCUACAGGUCUCUGCUUUGUGACUUGCAUUGUGCAUCUUACACUGAACAGUGACAGACCUGAAUUACAGCUUACUGUGGAUCCAGGAUGUGCAGCUGAGCUGCUGUUGCUGGGCUGUGUGUUCAAGGGAGAGGAAUUAUUACACAGGACUAGUAAUCAAGGGCAGUUGUUCCAAGUGAAAUACUAACCUGCUCUGUGCAGCCACUUCUGCACAGCACUGUUCUGUCAUUUCAUGGAAGGCAAACAGAAGUCCAGUAGUGCCACCCCUUGCCCCCAUUAACAGAGACCACUGAAACUUAGCUGGGGUUUAUUGUCUUUAUGUACAAAGCAAUCCAGUACAUCUUCAGCCCAGCUUAGUAGCCAGCUCUUUAGCCUUUGCUUUUUCCAGCUUAGCAAUGCGAGCCACCGAUUUUGGACCCAGGACAUUCCCGCCCCAGUGACGACGGAUCUGCAAAGAAGGGAGGACAGGUUAGAGGCCUCAUGCAAUCAAACUCACACAAUUCCACUCCUUUCUGCACAAGGGGAAGAGCUCCCUCAACUACAAAGCCCUACACGUUUCAAGCAACUGAACUAUAUUUUAGGACAGCAAAGAGAAAGAAGAGCUUAAGAUUUUUCCCCACGAUGGGUGUUGGGUUCAGCCAUCAAGUAACUCCUGGACUUGGGGGAUGGAGUUCAGCCAAGCAGAACUUUCCUACAAUCCUUGCCCUGGGAUAGCACUGUUUACUUCUAACUUGGUGACAGCAUUCACAUUUUACCCCAUCCUUGGGUAAAGAAUCUGGGUAUACCAUAAGCAACUCUAGGUGUAACACACCCAACAGACUAUAAGCUGGUGUCACUAUGUCUGAAAAAAUCUGAGUAUCUCUGGGAAGCUUUGGGGAAUUUUAACAGAAUAAAAUCCAAGACAAGGUCAGCAGCA